AUGGCCUUCCCGAGAACUAGCACGAUGUCGCCUCGAUGCUGGUCUAGGCAUGGGACGAGCCGCAUCGGCAGUGUCGUCCUCCCGAUGGCAUCACGUCACAGAGCAGCCUGCACCAAGUCGUCUUCGCAUGCGUCGUCACCCACCUCACCGUCACCUUCAUCAUGCACCCCCAAACCAUGUCCCAAGUCCACACCAUCACCGACGUCACUGGACUUCUGGUCGUCCCCUUCAACAUGGCGCAGGGCGGGCCUCAACACAACACGCUGUCUCGUCGGCUGCACCUUUGGCGACUUCUCCGCCAUGUGGUUCCUCCAGUCCUUCCACCCCGAGCUCGGCACCGGCGCCAUCAUGGCCAUUGCGAUGGCCAGCGGCCUCGCCUCGUCCAUGACCCUCGAGACGGUCCUCCUGCGCCUCGGCCGCGACAGGCUCUCCUGGGGCGUCGCCGCCCGGACCUCCGCCGGCAUGAGCCUCAUCUCCAUGCUGACCAUGGAGGCGGCCUCCAACACCGUCGACUUUCACCUGACGGGCGGCGAGGUCCGCUUUGACGACCCUGCCUUUUGGGUUGCCGCCGUCGUCGCCAUGGGCGCCGGCUUCCUCGCGCCGCUGCCCUACAACUACCUGCGCCUGCGCAAGUACGGCAAGGCCUGCCACUGA